GUAUCAUCCGGGUGGACCAUGCGGGGGAGUACGGGGCAAACCGCAUUUAUGCGGGGCAAAUGGCCGUCUUGGGUAGAUCAAGUGUGGGACCGAUUAUCCAGUUACUGUGAUGUGGCUCUUUUGCAGCAAAUGUGGAAUCAAGAAAAAGACCACCUGAAAAAGUUUAAUGAACUAAUGGUUGCAUACAGAGUUCGACCUACUGUUCUAUUGCCUUUUUGGAAUGUAGCAGGUUUUGUUUUAGGGGCUGGAAGUGCCUUACUUGGAAAGAAAGGUGCAAUGGCUUGCACAGUGGCAAUAGAGGAGAGUAUAUCAGAUCACUACAAUAGCCAGAUCCGAACUCUAAUGGAAGAAGACCCAGAAAAGUACAAAGAACUAUUGCAGAUCAUAAAGCAAUUUCGGGAUGAUGAACGGGAGCACCAUGACAUUGGGCUUGAGCACGAUGCAGAAACAGCACCAGCAUAUUCAGUUUUGAAGACAGCUAUACAACUUGGAUGCAAAGCUGCAAUAUUUUUAUCAGAAAGAAUUUAGUGAUACUCUCCAUAAUGUUUGUGGCAAUAAGCUGUGAUGCAAAAGGGUAUGGAAACUGCAGAAGACUAAUAUUUUAUUCAGACUUUUAAAAUUUUCUUCACUAAGCAUCUGAUUCAGCCAACCUUUGUCACAAUGAGUACCUGUUCAAAAAGUAUCUAUAUUUAAGUCAAUUGAGCUAAAUGUGGAUAAAGACUGCUCUCUACGAACUAAACCUUAUUCAGAGACUGUUCACAAGGUGGCAGCAAAAUAUGUAUGUAUAUACACGACAUAUAUCCAAUUGUGUGUGUAUGUAUACACACAUAUAAAAGUGCUAAAUACAUUUUCUGUUGCUUUCAAAUCUAUGUACUUGGAAUAAGCUGGAGCUCAUCAGCUCAUUUUAAAAUGUUUAAUACUGACUAAGGAUAUUUUCGAGUUCUAUUUUCAGGGUAAGUAAAUGAAGUACUAGUAAGUGGGUUUUUUUAGCCUGUCUUGAAUAAAGAUUGGUAUCAGACUGUAAUUUGAAGAUUUGUUUGUGUGGUUUUGGUUUUUCUUCAGGCCCAAUUCUGAAUUCUUUAACUAAAUUUUUUUUCCUUUGGGUUUUUUGUUGCUGUGUGGUUUGGUUUUUAGGUUUUUUUGUUGAGUUUGUUGUUUGUCCUGAGUGUGUAAGGAAUUGACCCCUGAUAUGAAGCAGAUGGAGAGAGCAACUUGGAGCACCUGUAGAGUUGCACUUAAUACUCUGUUAGAGCUUUCAAGUUUAUCUAUCUUUGCUUCUAGUCUUCAGUGGCUCUGGAACACAGAUGCUCUUGCCUUCUCCAUGUUUAAACAAUUUCCUCACACUUUCUGCUGACAUCCUGGCAUGGAGCAAUAAAAAUAUAAAAGACAAAAUUGUGCAUGUCUGUUCUGUUAAACACUGAUCGAAGAUCCUAAAAGUACAGCAACGGAAUUAGUGUGUCUUAAGGUGGUAGGAGUGAAAGGGACUUUGUACAAGAUUGCAUCUUUUGCUCUUUAUGUCUUAUGGAAUGAUCAGGAAAUUUUUUCUUGUUGCAUCAUUAUAGAAAUGGGAUAACUUUCUGAAUGUGUGAGGAUGAUAUAGAACAUGCAGAUAUCUUGAUACAUUUAAAGUCCCUACAAGAGACUUAUAUUUUUAUAGCUGAGAAGCAUAAUCUUUUGAUUAGAUGUAGAAAGGCGAGGAAACCCUAUGAAUAGUAUUGUGAGUCACAUAAAGAGCAUAUAUUCAUGCUUUUCCCCUUAUAUCCAGGCUUCUAAAACUUGUUUAGCUGCCAUAAACAUAAAAGUUACUUCCCAAUUUUACAGGUUUUCCAGUUUCUACAGGUUUGUGGUUUUUGUUUUGCUUGAUUGUUUUUUCUUAAUAAUAGCUAAGCUUGACAGAUCAGAGAGCAGAAUUUCUCACAUCUUGCUUUCUGUUUAAAAGAAAUUUAUGACAUAUUAAAUCUAUGAUGUAUUAGAAGUCAGUAUUCCUUAGCCCGAGCAAUGGGGUAUAACUAAUUGAACAGAUGGGAUAUAACGGGUAUAAACCUAGUUGAAAAGGAAAGAAUUGGAAAACAAGAAAUAAAACAGUAGCAAGUGCGGCCCACUGCUGUCAUGAGGAAUGAGGCCAAUAUUGCCAUCUUGAUUUUUACCUUAUAUGGAAAAACAACACAGUUAUAUUGAGGCCAGUUAAGUAUUUUGAUUAAGUUUUGCUGUGUGCUGGUUCUGGUUCUGUUGUGCUGGCCAAAGGCUAUGUACUGACUUUGUAUCUGCUUUGAGACCAGAGGAGGAUAAGGAGUGGAGUUGCUGCCAGGAAUCUGAGUGAGACCUGUAGGAGCAUCUAAGAUCUGAGCAUCUGGGAGCUUGGUAAGGCUUCAGACCACUUUUAAUCCACGUACAUCUGAGCACCUUUUUGAGUAGCUUGGUUAGUGUUUGUAGGUACUGACUGAUGUGUAACGAUGUGGAAGUCUUAAAGAGGAUUAUUUUCUUGUAUUUUGUGAAAGAGAUUAGACUAAAAGCUAAAUCUUAAUACAGAAACUCCUGUUCUGUACAAUUUAUUAUGACUGACACUUUGUACAUUAUAAUAAUUUAUAUCACGCUGUUGCAAGUCUGGCCUGGUGAUACUCAAGCUGCUGAUGUUAUUUACAUUGUCCAAACAAA